AUGAAGCUCCUUACUCUGUGCCUCACUGCCCUCGCUGCCACUUCUGUGCAGGCCGCAACUUUGCAAAGGUGGUGCGCUUUUCCUGGCCAGGGCUGUGCCACUCUGAAGAUCGCAGCCGAUUCCAGCCACGAGGUGAAGCGCUCCGCCGACGCCCUGGCAGAAUCCAUGGCGAAGAUUACCCUGGACCGAUGGUGCCACUUCCCUGGCCAGGGCUGCGUCAAGGUCAAGCGGGCUAUGGAGGUCGCGGAUGAGGUGAAGCGCUCCACCGAUGCCCUGGCUGCCGCAAUGGCUGCGCUUGAUGAAGUCGACGAGGAGUAG